GUAGUUGGAAACACUGUUCCAUUCGUCAUUCACGUCAUUCGCAAUCGCCAUUUUUGUUUGUGAUUGUUCUCAAUUUAUUUCGUUGAAAAUUCUGUAAAACAAAUCUGUCUGUGGUUCCUGACAUUGCUUCUACAUAGUACCUACUAUUUACAAAGUUGAUUUUUUAAAGUAUUUACAAUCAAACAGAAAAAAUGGAGAAUCCAAGUGGAACUCAAGGACCAAGGGUAAGCGAUAAACGUUUAGCCCAAACUCAGGCAAAGGUGGAUGAAGUUGUCGGAAUUAUGCGUGUCAAUGUCGAGAAAGUCUUGGAGAGGGACCAGAAGUUGUCCGAAUUGGACAACAGAGCGGAUGCCCUACAGCAUGGUGCAGCGCAGUUCGAACAACAGGCUGGUAAACUCAAAAGAAAGUAUUGGUGGCAAAACUUGAAGAUGAUGUUGAUUAUUGGUGCUGUGGGAGCAGUUUUACUUAUCAUUAUCAUUGUAUGGGCGACGUCCGGCUCCAGCAGCUCCGCACCAGCACCGGCCCCGGCUCCUACUCAGGCCCCACCUGUUGCUGAGGCACCGGCAGGUCGAUAAUUCUUCUAAAAUGACGAAACAAUUAGCUACAUUUUUCCACAGCUACCACAUGAUUCAUACGAAAUACUGACACUUGACUGAUUUUAAUGAAAACAAAAGUAAAAUAUUUUGUAAUAAGCAUAUUAUUACACCUUCAAAGAAUGAGGUGUGUUAAUAAAUUCAUAUCUAUAUUUUCUUGUAACUGUUUUAUACUUGUCUACAAAAUCUUAAAAUCUAAACGUAUACAUGUAAAACAUAAUUAAUUAUACAAAGUAACCAGUGCUAUACAUCUUAGGGCUAUUUUAUACAUUACUAUUUUUGUAAGCCAAUAUAAUAUGUAUAGAAACUAUUUAACAUUAAUGUAGGUAUGACUAUAUUGAAGUCAACUGAUACACUAAAAGAUUAUUUAUUCAGUGUCUUAGUCUACUAUAAAAAUUAAGAAAAUAAAGCUAUUAAUCUGACUUGCCUUCCAUUGUGAAGACAGUACUUAGGUUCAACUUUAUCAGAUGUAUUAGGAACAGGGCAUAAUUGCUUAAAUCUUUGGAGAUAUCUAAUUUAUGUGAUAAAGGGUUCCUAUUCUUGUCUAGGAUAUGGGGUCUAAAUCCGACAAUAAAUGUCUGUAAUACACAAAAAGCCUGAUGCACUUAGUAUGAACUUUCCUACUAUAAAAUUAUGUGAGUUA